UUGAGGGUGAGGGGUGUGGGGGGAUGGCGGAGACUGCGGGGUGUCCGAAAGGGGCGUCUGGCUGGGUGACCUGGCUCUGGGGUGGGGCAGGGUUUUAUUGGGGGUUAGAGGCGGGUAACUCAAAGGCACCGGCUACCCCCCAACCCCCCAAAUCCCCUCUAACUCUGCCGCCCUUGCCUGCGGGCGGAAGAUGGGGGGGAGCUCGCGAAGGUGAGGGUCUGCCGGCUGGAGUUUGUGAAACUGAGGCGCGGAUUCUAGGGGUGUAGGCGCGCGCGCGUGCAUUUCAUUUUCUUAAGUAUCCUUAACUUUGCGGGGGGAAGGGGCACAAGGUGUGCCCUGGGGCGGGGGAGGCCGGUGCCCAGCUACGUGGAGGCGCGCGCUGGGACUUGGGGCCAGAGCUGGGCCUGGGCUGCAGGCUGCCGAGCGUGCCACUGGCGCGCACCCCAUGCCCGCUCCACAGCGGGACUGGCCGAGGGCUGGAGGGGCAGCCGGAACGAUUCCCCCCACUCCCCAGACCGGCGCGGAUCGACGGUGCGCCGCCGAGGUGGGAAACGAAAAAGUGCCCCUCAUCUUCUCCUCCGGAACCGUGUUCCGGUGACACCGUCGGGGCUCCUCCGAAAGGCGUCCGCCUUCACCCCAAAACUGUAGGUGGGGGGAAAUCUUCGCUCGAGAAUGGUAAACAACACUGACAGACUUCAAGAAGCAUUUUGACUUUCCCCUCCUCAUGUAAAGUAUGCUCAGUUCCUUUCCAGUAGUUUUGCUGGAAACCAUGUCUCACUACACAGAUGAACCCAGAUUCACUAUAGAGCAAAUAGACCUGCUUCAGCGCCUUCGACGUACUGGAAUGACCAAACAUGAAAUUCUUCAUGCUUUGGAAACUUUGGAUCGUCUUGAUCAAGAGCAUAAUGACAAAUUUGGGAGAAGGCCCAGCUAUGGAGGUGGUUCCUAUGGAAAUAAUACCAACAAUGUCCCAGCAUCUUCCUCUACAGCCACAGCUUCCACACAGACCCAACAUUCGGGGAUGUCCCCAUCACCUAGCAACAGUUAUGACACUUCCCCACAACCUUGUACUACCAAUCAAAAUGGGAGGGAAAGUAAUGAGAGAUUGUCUACUUCAAAUGGAAAGAUGUCUCCCACUCGUUAUCAUGCAAACAGCAUGGGUCAGAGAUCAUACAGUUUUGAAGCCUCAGAAGAAGACCUAGAUGUAGAUGAUAAAGUGGAGGAAUUAAUGAGGCGGGACAGUAGUGUGAUAAAAGAGGAAAUCAAAGCUUUUCUUGCCAAUCGGAGGAUUUCCCAAGCAGUUGUUGCACAGGUAACAGGUAUCAGUCAGAGCCGGAUCUCCCAUUGGCUGUUGCAACAGGGAUCUGACUUGAGUGAACAGAAGAAAAGGGCAUUUUAUCGAUGGUACCAGCUUGAGAAGACAAACCCUGGUGCUACUCUAAGUAUGAGGCCUGCUCCCAUUCCAGUAGAAGACCCAGAGUGGAGACAAACACCUCCCCCAGUCACUGCAACAUCUGGCACCUUCAGACUACGUCGAGGUAGCCGAUUUACUUGGAGAAAAGAGUGCCUGGCUGUCAUGGAAAGUUACUUCAAUGAGAAUCAAUAUCCUGAUGAGGCAAAGAGAGAAGAAAUUGCCAAUGCCUGCAAUGCUGUCAUACAGAAGCCAGGCAAAAAGCUGUCUGACCUGGAACGAGUUACUUCCCUAAAAGUCUACAACUGGUUUGCCAACAGAAGAAAGGAGAUCAAGAGAAGAGCCAAUAUCGAAGCAGCAAUCCUGGAGAGUCAUGGGAUAGAUGUACAGAGUCCAGGAGGCCAUUCCAACAGUGACGAUGUAGAUGGAAAUGACUACUCAGAGCAGGACACUUGGCAAGUACGCAAUGGGGAGGAGGAGGAGGGACGAAGUUCUGAGGGAGGCAGAGAAGCAGAGAAGGAUGACAGCACUAGCCAUAGUGACCACCAAGAUCCCAUCUCGUUGGCUGUGGAAAUGGCAGCAGUCAACCAUACCAUCUUGGCCCUGGCCCGGCAAGGAGCCAAUGAGAUCAAGACAGAGGCCCUGGACGAUGACUGACUGACUGAUAGAGGGAGGGUCGAACACAAGAAGUUAACUUAGUUUUAGACGUAGCACCUUAGCAGACUUUCCUCGGUCCUUAAUAUGUGUUCUUACAGUAUAACUUUGCAGUUUCUUGUAUGUCAGUUAGCUGUUAGGGUCUUGUUCUGUGAAGAUGGCAUGGUGCCCUCAGCCUUUGCAUAUACUCUCUCAGUAUUAAUUCCCAGUAAAUAAUAACCAAUCAAUCAACCAACCAAACUUCCCUCUCCCAGCCCCUGUGGCCCGAAAAUCUUGCUGCUCUGUUCUGUCUUAGCAUUCCAAGAAAGUGCUUCCAGGUAUUUUAGAUAGGCCUUGAUUUUCAAAUAUUAGACUACAUGUAAAAUCUCGGAUAACCUUAGAUAUCAUGUCACACUAGUCUAUCUACCCUUCUUUCCUUCUCUAAGACUGAAAGGAUGCAAGCUGAGGUAGUGUGGCACAGGAUUGACAGACACCAUUUGGGAGUAUCCGCAAAGAGUAAAAAGAACACUACAAUCCCCACCUCCGUGUGAGAAUAAUGGAUUUCCAGCUGCAAUAAGCCGUGCCUCAUUAUAGUCACACUGUGGCUAGAUUAUACUUCUCUGGGUGCUGUGCUAAGAAUGUCAAUGGGAAAACAUAUUCACAGAUUUUGGUUGAUGUUAACAUGCCCAACACAGACAUCCUCUCCUAUCACAAGCUGUGUGACUUAGUGGAUAAACUACUGCCUUCUGCCUUUGGGACCAUGUUAAAAGCCCAGCUUGAGAGCACUGGGGAAAAUGAGCUGAAUGUCUAAUGGAAACUAAGUUUACUUCUUAGAACCACUAUACAUUAUGGGCGCCACUACUAGUGCCUGACCGGAAAAGAUCCAGGAUUCACCAUCAAAGUUGUAUUACUCUUCCCUUACCACCAAAAAAAAAAUUAAACACAGCAGCUCUCAAGGAUGGGAUUAAGGUCACAAGUGAAUGGGCUUAUAACUUUGUCUUUAUAACUCUUGCCUGCAACCUACAAAGUAAGAAUGUUUGAUAGAGGACUAUAGGAUAUACAACAGUUAUGUGAGGUAUCAUAAAUGCAAAUACUUAAAUAUGAGCAGGAAAAAGACAAGGGAUCAUUUACCACUUACAUUGUAGGAGAUAUAAUGGCAUGUGACUGCUUUGGUGUUCUUUACUCUGUCCUUGUAAAGGUGUGAGAAAGCUAUACUGCCACAGGCAAUUUAAUUAAUAAUUGGAAGCCAUAUUGAUAAUGGAUGUGGUAAUAUUUGUAAAGUUUAAUCUACUUUAAGCAGCAGUAACUAAUGGAAUUUUUUUCCUUGAUCACAUAUGUAGCACUUUUGUUACUUUUUAAAGAUAUUUAUAUUUGAUAAAUCCUUUGUUCAUUUUGAGAAUUCAAAAUACCAAACAGCGAACUUGCAUUAUAGAGUCACCCUGCAAUCACCUUGUCAUCUAAUAGUAAAAUGAUGAACUAUCCAUGCAUCGAAGAAAAUUACAUCUGCUGGCAUUGUCUGAAAAUGAUCUCCUGGCAUCCCGAUUAAAUGACAUUGUGUCACAGCCGGUAAGAGGAAACGGAAUCGGAUGUGUCUGAAGCAGGCAUAAGUGCUGUAUGUUUUCUGUCUCCUUCCAUCUUUUCUCUCCAUAUACAAUAAAACCUUUUUUAAUGGGGAAGAAGAGGCUAGCUGUUAAGCAGGGCUUCUAUAUCUUUUGUUCUUCACAUGAACUAUUUCUAAGGGAAUGAAGGUGCCAUUUCUUCUCUUCCUCUUUUCUUCUCUCCUUUCCCUACCCCCACCCCCAACCCCAGACCCCUUUCCCACAUAAAUGUCUUGAACUUCCAAUCAUUGCUAGAGAGACUGAAAUCACUUAUUUUCUCUUUUUUCUUUUUCCCUUGAGUGGAGUUCUGGAGCAUCAUCAAGCUUUUUUAGCCAGUAUUCCCAUUAAGAUCCACACUAACCACAUCAUCUCUUCAUCAGCUAGUCUUGCUAGCUAAGUGUGAGUAGGAGUCAGCACUUUCAGAAGACAUGAAGUUCACAUCUAUCCACGAUUUUGAAGAGCUCGAUUUCAGGGGAAAAUAUAUGUGCUUUUCACAGAUGUGGACAACAGAAAUAAAGUGAAACUCUUUCCCCCUUUUGAUUUCUAUUACUUGAAUAGACAAAUUUGAGUAGCAUGACUUAUGCUCAGGAAUGAAAUCAUUUGAUCCCACCACCAAUUUUCUUUCUUGGUUUGUGAGUCUUUUUUUCAGAGAGAGUAUUUGUUCUCUCCUCUUUCUUUUUCACAGAAGAAAUAUAACAAAUUGUAGCUUUUUUUAUUUUGGGUAGAAUUUUUAUAUGCCUAUUCUCCAAGUGAGUCAGAGAGAAAAGGACAGAGAGAAGAUACUCUCUCUGACAAGCAACAUCUCUGAUUUAUUGUAAGGAGAUUAUGAUAAUUGAUAGCUUCUUUAUGUUGGGGCUGUACUAUCAUUUGUUCUCCCUCUUUCUUUUCAUGGAACAGACUCAAACUGUUAAGACAGCUGCAGCUUCUAAAGAAAUACACUCGUUGUCAUAGCUUAUCAGAAAGGUUGCAUUGUUUUAAAGAAUGAAGGAGAAAGCACCCUUCAGAGAAUAAAGGGGAGUUGAUGAUGUCUCAUAAGUGCAACACCAAUUCUCUAUGCCUCUGGCAACUUGCUAGAAUUGUGGCAAUUUCCAUUUAUGAUAGAUAAGUAAUAAGGAUCUUCUUAUGCUCCUGAGGAGGAGUACUACAAAAGAGGACAAGAAAGAUUCAAACCCCUGAUUUCUCUGGAAGGGGAUGUUAGAAAGCAUUUAUACUAACUCUGAUUUUACACAUGAAGACAUGUAUGCCCAGAGGUAAAAGUGGCUUGUGCAGGUAUUAAAUAGAGCCAGGAUUUGAAGCCAAGCCACCUUAUUCCAAAAUCAGUGCUCUUGUUACUAUACAUUGCUGCCUCUCCUUAUUGAAAAAGGAAAGGAGAUGUUAGUAGAGAAAUGCAAAAACUAACAAUGACAGCCUUCCCUUAGCCAUCACAUUUCCACCUGAAUUUAAAGAAUGACUUCAUUUGUAUCUAGAUGUCAUAACCUAGAUUUCUCUGUUUGCCAUAGGUUUGAAUUCUGCUCUCUUAUCCAAGCUACUGUAGUUCUCCAGUGAAGUUCUUAAGUUAGAUUUGACUUCUAAUACUCUGGAUUGAGGAUUUGGGGGUUGCCCUCCCCAAUCCAGGGUUUUGAAAGCCAUCAGAAACUUUGUUUAGCCCUAAACUUUUAUAUUCUUAAGGGCAUUAUUUAAGCAGUCACAUUGUUUUAAGAAUGCCUGUUUCUUCCCUUUGGGUAGCCACCUUAUCUUCCUUUUCUGGUAUACUAACCUUUUCUCUCCAAAGCAUAUACUGAAAUCAGGCUGCUAGAGGAAUUUCUCAAGGGCUGUUCCUUCCUGCUAAUGGAAAAAGCCCAAUAUUCCUUGCCACAAUUUGUUUAUCUGCUCUUCUUACAGGAACUCUGUACUCACCAUAGUCAGAAGAGUAAGUUUUCCAUGUUUUUGGCAACCCAGUGAGAACCUUGUAAAAAGAUACCCUUCCUAACUCAAUUUCUAUCCACCUCUCAAAAGAGCAAUACUAAAUCGCCACAUCUGAAACCCCAUGCUUUUAUUUCAAAAAUACUUAUUCAGCCUAGCUCAUGUCAGUAUUACUCCCAGGGAGAACUACCCAGGAAAGUUUUAGUCUUCCAAUUCUAGAAACUUUCAAUAGUCAUUUGGUUUCUUUGUUAUGUGUUGGGGAGAGGUAUGCCAUUUGAGCCACAGGAUCUGGACAAUUUCUACAGUUACCUCACAUCACAAAUAGAUGCACUAUAGAAGGUGAAAGGGCACACACUCUGGUGUACUUCCUGGAUGGUGAUGAUGAAAAUGAUCCCAGAUCAAGGUGUCUGGGACAGGGAGGAGCAACAAGACCCAGGGCAAGUGGCAAAAGAAUCCCUUUCAACUUGUGUUUCACUUUCGUCCAAUACAGUUUAUUACUUAGCGUGAAAUAUGAACUCUUCAGUGUGAGGGCAGUCUCACAGUGGUAGGCUUAUUGUAUUGGACUUUGUGUCCAGCCCUUAAACUCUUCACUCAGCAUUGUGAGUUUGAAUUUAGCAUUAUCUUCCCUGUAGGUGAAAACUGUUUUAUGUAUUGGCUUUUUAAAAAAAAGAACAACAAAUAUCAUAGUAACCUAGAGAUAUCUUUCAGUCCUCAUCUCAAAUAACGUGUCUUGGUGACAAGUCACUCGGGAAUAGCAGGCAUUUCUGAUACUGUAGAAUUUGAAUGAGGAUUCUUUUUUUAAUUUCCAGUGGUCUGUGUUUCAGUGUGGGGUAGUGGAGGUGUUCAUUUGGCUCAAAUAUAAAAAUCUGAUCUCUAUAGCACCAUGAGAUGCCUGUUGACAGGCAGUCUUAUCAGUCAAUCAGCAAGCAUUGAUCCACCUGUGUUGUGCCAAGAUACCUUGAUAUAUUUUCACCUUGAAGGAAAAACAAAGGAUUUCAGCAAGAUUUUCAGCUUCCAGGUUUUGACAUUUGUCUGACAGAUUUUAGCGGCAACCUCAGCAUAGUCCAUCACAGCAACCGUGGCAGGCACUAGGUGUAAAGUAAACAAGUGUUAUAGAGUGGAACUCCUUUUCUCCUCUAUCCCUUUUGUCCUUCCUGCUCCAGCAUUGAUUGCUCUGCUCCAGUCUUGGACUCUGUCCACCUGUAAACUGGACAAAUGGUUCAGUUGCCUGUGCUGGUUCAUUCCUAACUGACCAUUCUCUCUCCUCAUUUUAUUAUCCAAUAUCAUCAAACUCUUUUGGGUCUAAUGCCUCUAAGCAGAGAAAUGUCUCUCUUCACAAAUCUUCCUCCCCUCUUCCCCCUGAAAAAAAAAAAAGAUAGCAUCAAAUUCUAGGUUCUCUUUGCAUAUUUGGUUAGAAGAGCUUUUCACAUUUCACACAUUGCCAUGCCUGUAAUUGCUUUUUUUCUUCAGAGGACACACACAGCUUUCUUUUCUUUCUCUGUGUGUCUGUCGUUGUCUCUCCCUCUUUCUCUUUUUUCAACAAGUCUCAGCAAACUCUUAGGCAAUAACUUUUACUUGUUGGCUCUGCUCUCUAUAGCAAAAUUGUCGUUGACAGGUCCUAAUAUUGUAUGUUGUACAUUGGUUGUGUCUUGGGCUCUGAAUGUGAACCAAAUAUCAUGCCAGAGCAGUGGUGGGUUUUUGUGUCAUUUGGGAUUCUUUUGUUUGUUGUUAAUGUUUGACUACUGUCUUCAUUGGGGCUGAAGUAAGACCAGCCAAAUCCAUUUAUAGCUUUACUGAGCCGGAUUUGUUUGUCAGGUUUUCCCAAGUGAAAAGUUUGAUGCAUUGACCAGCUCCUACUGUGUAGUUUAUGGCAUUUAAAGCAGGGGCAUGGGUAGGAAUUGCACAGGGAAAGCAUUCCUUUUUGUGCUCCUUAUUUGCAAGGUUGUUUACUCAGGAUUUGGGGAUCAGUUGUCAGCCAAAGAGAAUUUGGCUAACUGAGCUGCAUGAUCCGAAACCCCUUUCUCAGUUUUUAUAUCAUCUGAUUUAUAGUAUCUAGUAAUGCCUGAUUUAUUCCAUUUAAAGGUAUUGUACACUAAUGAAAAUGGAAGGUUUUCCAGGGGAGGCAUCUGUGAAUGGCAAUAAUCCCUCAAUUUGGUAGGAGCAUUCUUGUCCAGUCAUGGGUUCCCUUCUUUUUUUUCUGUAAUGUCUUGUAUUUUAUAAACAUAUGAUAUGGUCAUUAUGUAUUCUUUACCUCAGUAAGGGAUGUCUAACAUUUAAGAACAGGGAUUUCCUUGGUUCUUUUUUUUAUAUAUACAGUUUAUAACUAGGGCAGUAGGAAGGCCUUAAGAGGACAUGAGAUGAGACUUUCAAUGGAUUAACCUCUGAUUAUUUUUUGGAGGGGUGAAAAGAAUGUAGUAUGAUGGCUCAUUAACUGAAAAAUCAGCUUUCUAUCAUUUUAGUUGUAUUUUUUCCCCUCCAUUCUACAACUAAUGGGAAAGUUCCAAGAGAGACUGAAUAUACACAUAAGUUUAUUGUUUCUUAUCCAGGAAUUCAUUGGGCAUAAUAGAGUUGGGGUAGGACUAGUAUCCCUAACUUUAUGCUUCUCUUCUUUCUUCAUAUAUAUAAAUAUAUAUAUAUAUCAUACCAUCCAAUUGUGGUUACCUAAGAAGGUAAAUUAAAUGUAAUUUUAUUCUGUUCAGGCUUCCUUCUCUCUCUAUUAAAAGUUGAGAAUUACUCAUGAAGGGGAAGCCUUAUAUUUUCCCCAUCUUCUUUUUAUGACAAGUUAUUUGAUUUAUCUACAACCAUCUGAAUGGUAACUAGAAGCUGAUCCAAUACCCUGCUAGCAGUUUUCUGGUGAUUGUGGUGGUGCCAUUUAGAUGAUAGAAAUGGGUGCAAGUGUGCUGGCCAGAAGUGCAAAAUUACUUUGAUUGUGCACGUGUGCGUGGGUGUGUGUGUGUGCGUGUGCAUGUACACCACCAAUACUGUUCUUACAUCAUGGGGUAUACUCUCCUUUGACUUAGAUUUUUAUUUUCUUGCCCUUUUCAAAAUCCAAAUGGAUGCACGUUGCCAUAAUUUAUUCUUCAAUUCAUAUUGAUGUGUGAUCAGAUGAAGGUUUGGCUGAGUCUUUUCAAACUGUAACCAUGGUAAUUGUUUGAGUAGAAUGAAUACAUAAAAAUAUAAUGAUAAUCGUUCUGAAUGACUGGGUGUCCUUUUGACAUGUAAUUAGCUGUUUUAGCAAGAUGUAGAUUGGCAUGGUCAUAAUUAAAAGGAUUUCUGUCCGUUAGAAUAGUGAAAAUAACAGAUUUUACAUUCCCUGCUUAUGUUUUACCACUAAUGUUCUCAGGAACAUUUGGAAUAGCAACUCAGUCGACUCAAAUAAUGGCAGAGUAUUCAUGUUCAUCCAUGAUUAAAAGAGGAGGAUUUUGAUUUGUUUUUCCUUCAUCCAAAAUGAAUGGCUUUGCUUGAUGGUUCCCCCCAUCACCUCUUAGAUUCUUUGCAAAUUAUUCACUUCCUAUUUCAACUCUGAUUACCUAACAAUUGAUUAAAUAUUGAUUAUAGCUUUGACUGGACAGAAUCCAUAGCCAGACCUCUUGGGGGAAAUUGCUCAUAAAACCAAACCCAUUGUUUUUUGCUUGGGCCUUAUAUUUGUUUGCCAUAAAGGAAUUUCCUCAAUAAAAUCCCUGUCUUAGAACUUAUAUAUCAUGUGCCAUAGAGAGCUAUUUUAUAUUUCAGUCAUCAGUAGAAAUUAUGUAUUAAGAAAGUACCAAUUCAUUAAAAAAAAAAAAAGUAAUCUCUCCUAGGAUACAUAACUGAUAUAAACAACACAUAAUGACAGUCAUGUAGAAUUAUUCUAUAGAUUUUAAAUAAAUGUGUAAGUUAAAAACAAAAGUAUAUUGUGUUAGUUACUGUAACAGAAGGAACACAAAUAGGCUUUCAUUUUUCUUCCUUUUUCUAAUUUAAGAACCUUUAAAUUUCUGUCUGAUUAUAGACUCUUAACUUUUAUAUUUGAUAUUUUCCCUGCUUUACUCUCUGUUUCUUUGCCUUUCUCUCCCCAUCCUUUCACCACAGCAAAAAUUCUCAGCCUGCUUUUUAAAAAUAUAUUUCAGAAUACCACCUCUUUUCUUAAAAGUAUCAUCUGGCAUAAAUUCACCCUGAACUUUGAAGGCUCUGCUUACUCACCAUACUUUUUGCCAAGUCUUUAUUAGGAUCAGGGGCUAUGACCCUGCCCUGGGAAAGGUACAAACUAACCUUUGAGCCACCCCUUCUCCUAGCAGAUCAUCAAAUUCUUUUUAAACUAUGACAUAGGAGGAGUGUAUCUUGAUACUAUCCUCUCCCAAAUAAUGGGGGUUUUCCAUGCUUUUGCUGUUGUUUUGCCAGUUGCUUCUUAGAAUAUCUUCAUCUGACCGAAGUUUAGCACCUCUUGAUGAGGCCAGAAUCUAGAUAGACUCCACCAUGGGGGAAGAGAUCUCAAGAUUCUGACAAAACCAAAGCUGACAUGGGCAAAAGAGUGAAGUAGAUAGACCCUUCUCUGCCAGUCUCAAUUAUCUCAUGUGUCCAUGUUUUCUUCACUUUCAACUUUAAAAUCUGCUUUGAAAUCCUUCCCUCACUCUUAAAUACAAUAACUUGGUGGUGUUGUCCUUUCCAGGAUCUGUGCAUUUGCAUUUUAAACCCAAAGCUUGAAGGAAUAAAAUUCUGGCUCAGGAGGAUUUUGGUAAUGAAGAAGGUCCUCAGGAGGGGCUGAUUCAAGGGCCCUUUUGUACGUGUCCAAGGCUCAACUUAAGUUUUUUAAAUGUUCAUAUCAGGUAUUUGCCUAGAAAGUGACUAAUUGAUUCCCAUGUAUUUGUCUGGUUUUAUUGAGUGGACAUGGCCUUGUAUUCUUAUCUCUUAGGACUCAACAGUUGCUGUGCCAGCCACUUGGGUAAAUAAAGGCACCUCAGCUAUGGUGAGUCUUACGGCUUCCUCUUUAACUAAUUUUUCUUUCUUAUUACAUCAGGAAAAGCCCCCACUUAGCUAAAAAACCUCUAGGUAAAAUUCUGAUUUAUGGGAAUAUUGAGAUUUACUGUAUAAUAGCAUGGAGACUGCCACGGGCUAUUACUUAUUUGCUUUUUCAGCCUACCCAUGUUCUUAGAACACUUAUCAGAAGUGUGAUUUAGGUAGGUCAGGCUGUAGGGCCCCAUAGAGGUUUCUUAUAUGAAGCUCUUAUCCUUUAAAGAAUGGCAUAGCAUCUGUUCUGAGGCAUAUAUAUAGUCAUUGGGGCUUUUGCUUCAUUUUUUCCCAAAGAAAUACUAGGAACUUGUGCUCAGAAUCAUUGUUCAUUUCUUUCUAGCAAGUGGAAUCAUCUUGGUUUUAUGACCACCAAGAGGAGGCAGUCAGAGAGAAACAAGUAUCUAAAUUUCUCCAUUAAAAUUUAGAGUCUGUCUAAAGAGUAGGUUUUCUAAAGUCUGAAUCAAGGAGUAUAAGUAUGAUCUGUGAGACAACCUGAUUAUCUCUUUAGUAUUCAAAGGAAAUAGAACUAGCACUACAAUUAAAACCUUCCAACAUGAUCAUCUAAUACUCUAGUGAUCAAAGUUAAGGAUAUAAAGGUAUGUGGCACAUAGGAAAUGACUUGAGCUACAGAUGUGCUCCUUCUUCAUUCCUCUGUGUUAAUGUUCCAUCUGUCAUAUUACUGAUGCCUAAGUCUUUGCCACAUACUCCUAUUGCCACUCCUUUCCCUGCCCCACCCAAUGCAUCAGAAUUAGUGUAAAAAUUAGCAUUACUUCCCAAGGUCUAUUUUUCUAUAAUUUAAAAUCAUGAGGAAUGAUUAGUGUUAUAAUUUUUUAGUCCAUAACAUUUUUUUUUUGGUUCUUCCUACUUAUGGCUAGUGACAAGUGGAAUUAUUUCUUCUUCAGUCACCUAAAAGUCUCCUAAAGUUUUUUACCUUAUAUUUGUAUUGUACCUUUGUACACUAUUGUACCUUUGAAUCUCCUUCUUAUAAGCUGGUUAGUAGGUAAAAGUUACAUUGAAGUAAUCUUCGUUCAACAUAUUAAAAAACUAUUCAGCAAUUAGAGCCAUUCAGUAGUAGAAUGGGAUGCUUCAGAUAGUAGUGUGUUCCCUGUCCUUGGACAUGUUCAGGUAUGGCUUGUUGACCAUCUGUCAGGGACAUCAUAAGAGGAAAUUAUGGACUGGGUCAAAGUUGGACUAAAUGACUACCAAGACUUAAAUUUUAAACUCUCUCAUUUGGCCAUAGUUCAUUUUUAUUUUUCUCUUCUCCUUUCUGUAUUUCCUCCCCUCUCAGAAAUGUAAGCCGUGAGUUUUUUUCUUAUUCCUUCUACUUACACAGCUUCACCAAGAAGUUACAUAUGGAUUCCAUAAAAAGAUAUUUAUUUAAAAGAGAUGACAGCCCUAGCCCAAGUUAAAUUCUUUGCUUUAUAAUUGCUUCAAUUUACCCAUUAGCUCUCUCCAGGUCAAACUAUAAAUUGUAGUAGUCUUGUGGCUUCCUUGGAUCACUAAAACCUCUCCCUUUUCUUUGAGGGCUUAGAGCUCAACAGGAAGUUGGGAGGAUUACUUUUCCAGCUUCUCACCCAUUUGGAGUAUUAGCCUAGACAACAAGACUAUACCAGUGCUUUAUGAAUGUAAAUAAUAACUGUUUGACCAAUGUUGUAUUGAACUUUUUUGUUCAUGUGCCAGAUUCGUUUGGGGGAAGGGGAAUUAUUUGAAUAUUUUUGCCCACCAGAAUAUGUGUGUGUGAGUAUGUGUAUGUGUGUGUGAGAAAGGGAAAGAGAGUAUGUACUGGUUUUUGUACUAAUUCAAAUAAAUAGCAUCAUUUGGUCAGGAAAGCUGGGUUUCAGUAUGCCCGUGUUAGUAAACCCAUGUACUACAUCUUUGUGCUACUGGUAAUGCACACAGUGUACCAAAAAGAAAUUUCUAUCUUUCAGGAGAGUUUUAUUUUCAAAAUUUGGGCAUAUUCUCAUGACAACUUCACAAGCAUAAUUUGCUUUUACUGAGUUGCAUUUUUCUUCUCCUAGCAGCAUCCUUCAUAGUGCUGUGCAGGUUAUAUCCUAUAUCCCUAGUUCUCAUGAAUGAAUCUUCUAAUGUUCCUAAUUCCACUCCUACCUUUUAAUACCCCACUAUGGCUAGAAGUAACCUCCCCAUCUGUGACCCACAGAUUCAUCAGUUAGGAAAGAGUUCUGGACCCAGCACCUGAGUCAACAUAAUGUUCGUCUCUUCUGAGUUUCCUAGGGAUGCAGGAAGCCAUUGGAAUUGGAAAUAUGCCUUCACUGAAAGAUGCCAAGGACAUCAUAGUUGUCUCCCCUGGAAGAGCCCAUAGCCUUGUCUAAUUCCCCAUGGGCUCCCUAUCCCUUCCACGGUCAUGACCAAGAUCGGUGUUCAGUACCUUUAAAGGAUAUAUUUUUAUUUGUUGUUGGGUUUUUUUUUAAGUGCCUAAGCAAGUGACAUAACUCUGGAGCCCACCAGAGAAUCAGGCCUGAUUCCCUCCUCUCCUGGCCCCUCGUUGCCCUUUUUCCUUCCCUGGCCCAUGCACAGCCCUUCUGGGGCAGGUAGAGGGAAAGCACCCUCCACCCAGUGUCACUGGCGUUCUGCGGGCAGAACAUUCAAGGUCAAGCCAGCAGGCGAACAGUCUUCACUGCUUCUUGAUGCUGGCUUUGUUUGUCAUUGUUUUGCUGUUUCUUUUGUUCAUGCGGUCAUGGUCUUGAUUCAUUGAGAACUAUUAAGGAGUCUUGUGUUGCUCAUUUAAAUCCUAACAGCCCUCAAAUCAGGUAGACUCGGAACAUCUCCAGAGCAGAGUAGUUUCUAUCCUUUGACAGCAGUCAGAACACCUCCAAUCUAUGAGGAUAAAUAUUCCUAUAGCUGUGAUCAUUAACCCGGCUUCAUUUUUGAUUAUUAGGAACUAGAAUCUUAGCUGUCUCUCCUCAGCCUCUCACUAGAUUUGAAGAAGCGAAUUGGAAUGUGGCUCCACUUAAGAAAAAACUUCCUAACAAUUGGAGUUCUCCAAAAUUAGGACAAGCUGGCUCAGGAGGUAAUGAGUUCCUCAUCCUUGGGGAUCCUCAAAGCUAAGCCUAGACAGUCAUUUAGGGGGAAUGUUGUAGAAGGGAUUUCUGUUCAAGUACUGGUUGGACAAACUGGAUGGUCUCUGAGGUCCCCUCCAACUUCCAAGAUUCUGUGGAUUACAAUCAAUGUUCACUGGGAUAAUGUGCCGCCAUUGGCAGGGUCUUAAUAUCAAAAUCACAUCUUCAAAAUUUGAGUGUGAGGUGUCUUCAAAAAGAUAUUUUAAGUCCAAUUUAAGCACGGGGGCCUUUAUCAUAAACACAAUGAAUGCGACAGGCAUUCGGGGGGCUGCCCUGGAUUAAAAUCCCGUAACUAAACAGGUCUUGAACAAUUCGUCAUUCUUAAAAGUUUUGACAAAGUACAACAACAGUCCUCGUCCAGGCACUUAUUUCCCUCAGUAGCAUUUUUGCUCUGACAGUGCAGUCACCUGCAAACAUAGGACACCAUCAACUUAAUAAGCAAUGGCAACAUUGCAGGAGGAAUUUCUGCUUUGGAUGGAAUUCUGAGAAAUGAUCAAAUGGGAGAGUACCAUUGUGGGAAUAAAAAGAAGGCCUUCCUGGAGCCCAGAAACCAACCAGGCCUCUUUGUCGAUGCGUCGUCACUCUAGUCUCCAGAUGCUCUUUUUACUGGUUUUACUAAGUGCUUGUCAAUGAGUGAGAAUGUGGGGAAGAGGGGAGAAAUGGCCAUGAAAUGCAAUUAGAGAAGGGAAAGGAAUCUCAGUUUCUGUUCACUUAACUGGACUUGGUCACUCCAUAAAGAGCAGAGGGGGAGGGGAAUUGUUUCCAUUUCAGAACGAUGUGUAUGCGGCUUUGUUUUAAUGUCUCAUAGUAGGGGUGGGAGCUAGCUGGCACAUGGCAAGUUAGAAAGUGGAAAGCAGGUUGAAUGUUUGUAAUUGGAUCAGACACCACAGGCCCGAUGACUGAGGAUUGAUUGCCUGAAAGUAUUUUGCAUUCACCAAACAGUUAGUGACUAGGAUGACCUGUGUUGAGUCAUUGCCAGAUGGGGGGAGGGGGAGGAGAGUUCAGCCUUUUCAGCCUUUUCCCCAGCCUUGGUCAUUUGUGUGUGUUUAUGUCUUUGUGUUUCCAUUUGGGAGUCUCCUAGUCUUUGUUCUUCAUAUCUUGUACACCAUGUGUCCCUGAGGGCAAAUCACACCUGUGUCUGAGUCUGCUGUAAGGUGUUCAGUCUACCUCAAGGGGUCAACAUGGUAUGCUCUAGUCCACACAUACAAUCCUUUUUACAUUACCACACACACUGGAAUGUAUAUCUUUCCCUUCCCCGAUAUCUCCCCCUUUCCCUUAAAUAACCUCUUGACCUGAUCUUUCCUAUAACCACCACAAACUCCUAUUGCAAAUUGGAUGCUGCUUUAAAUGUGAAAACAAUUGUUCAAAAGCUAUAAAACCUGAAUGAAAGCUAAAGCUGAAUUUAUAAGCCUUGUUGCAUAUGAGCCAAAAGUGCAAAAAGCUCUAUAUAAUGAACUAACCUGCCACUCAUAUAAAUAUAAAUAUAUAUAAAUAUAUUAAAAUCAGACUGUUCUACAAAAUUGUGUAUUUGUAUUUUUGUGUACGUACAAUUUUCUGCUAAGCAGAAGGAGGAUGUAGUAUAGGAUGAUGUGAGAAGAGAUUUGGUUUAAUCAUAUUUCUUUGUUACUUAUUUUUGUUAACAUCCAGAUGCCUGUCUUCGUCUUCUAUGUGUAUGACACUGUUUUGAAAGCUGCAGUAUCUCUCCUCCUUAGGGCCAGAGGCCUUUACAGAACAAGACUUGGGGUUUAGAGAGUUACUGAGGUCACAAAAAGUGAAGAAGUCAGUGGCACCCUUUGACCAAGCUCAGUUCCUGGAAGGUCCAUUUAUUGAACAAAAGUUGUCUGUGUAUAACUCUUGGUUGCAGAAUUGGAUUGCGGGUCCAGCUGCUUUGUAACAAUUGGCCGUGCCAGCUCUGACCUAGAAUUAAUUAGCAGGGUCACAAAAUGCCUCUGAAGCUUCGGGCAGACCAUCAGACAAACACCAGAAGGGCAAAAGGGGCUUUGUCUAGAGCCUUUGCAACAUGCAUCCUCCAAUGGGCCCACUACCCGCAGGAGAUUGGGUGUCACCGGGCUGGAGGGACAGGGCCUCCUAGGUUGGCAGCAGAGGGUCAUCUAUGAGAGGAAGGGGGCCCAGGACCCCAGCAUGAUGAUACUUACUGGUCUGAUGAGCAACCACAGUUUUCUUUUGAAAGUUUCACUUCCUUUUCCUAUCUGGAUACCAAAACGACUACUCAGGCUGAGUGGGUGAGGUUUGUCAUCCUGAAGAACUGAGCUGCAAACCUCUUGCGAUCUAGGGGGUUCAGAAAGAUUCCCACACUAAAAUACACAAGGUGGUUGAAAGGGCAGGAAGUUGCUAGGUAAAACCAAGAGGCCAGAUUCUACCCAGAGGCCUGACACAGCCUUUCUGAGGAGGCAUGAGAAUAUCCUGCCACCCUGGGCCCAGAUACCCCUAACCCUAGAGAAAGGGGUGAGUCUAGCCCCACCCCUCAAUUCCAUCCACACCAAAUAAUUCCCCAAUGACCCCUGUAAGCGUUAAUCUGCUCUAGGGAGAGUGAUACUGCACCUUCACCUGUAGGACUCAUAUUUAUAACAAUGUGUAAUGACUGUAGCAAAAGCCCUUGUUUCUAGAUGUGAAUUGACAAGGAAACAAGUGCUCUAUUGUAUUGAUUAAAAUAGUUCCAAUGAGUCCUGUAUCAUUGUAUCUCCUAUUCUGGAUUAGUGCCUUUUGGACAGUAGACUGUUCUGUAAUUAAAAUGUAGUAUAUACUGCUUUUUUGUACAGUUUUGUUUUAAUAAAACUUUUUUUUAAUUUGUGUUUAUUUUAGUAUUGUACCUAUUAGAGAAUAAAACGUAUAACUGAA